AAAAAAAACCUCACAUAUCUUUAUCUUUUUUCUCAAAUAUUUUAACAAGUGGUAUGAAAUCGAUAUCAUGGAUUUUGAUUUAGGACAUUAAUUGGCAUGAGAGCAACACGAAACAUUAUGAGAUGAGUUCUUGAUAAUUUGAUGACAUUUGUCUUCUCAAUAUUGGACUAAUUCACUACGCCAAAAUUGACUUUUAGAACCCCAACUUUCUUUAUUAGUCAGAUACAAACAAAUGCAUGGUUAGUGUAGAAAUAAAUUAUUAUGAGAGCUGUCGCACAUUUUCAAUUGGGACCAAAGUCAAUCUUUAUAAAGCGCCACCCAAAAGAGAAACAAAAAAAAAUUCAUAACCCUAAAACCAAGCUAAGUAUUAAGAUGCAUGCCGAUAGCUCUUCAGUUUCAGGCCAUGGCCAAACUGUUUGUGUCACCGGAGCUGGAGGCUUCAUUGCUUCCUGGAUUGUCAAACUUUUGCUAGAAAGAGGCUACAUUGUGAGGGGAACCUUGAGAAACCCAGAUGACCCAAAGAAUGCUCAUUUGAGGGAGCUUGAAGGAGCUCAAGAUAGGUUGACUUUACGUAAAGCUGAUCUUCUUGACUUUGAGAGCCUUAAAGAAGCCAUCAACGGUUGUGAUGGCGUUUUUCACACAGCAUCACCGGUUACGGAUGACCCAGAACAAAUGAUAGAGCCCGCAGUGAAUGGAACGAAGAAUGUGAUUGUUGCGGCGGCAGAAGCCAAGGUUAAAAGGGUUGUGUUCACGUCGUCAAUUGGUACAGUGUACAUGAACCCCACCAGGGGCCCUGCUGUGAUGGUCGAUGAGUCUUGUUGGAGUAACCUUGAAUAUUGCAAGAACACCAAGAACUGGUACUGCUAUGCGAAAACAGUGGCAGAGCAGACAGCUUGGGAAGAGGCCAAGGAGAAAGGGGUGGAUUUGGUGGUGGUGAACCCAGUUUUGGUGCUCGGACCACUUCUCCAACCAACCGUCAACGCUAGCAUCAUCCACAUCCUCAAGUACCUCAAAGGCUCUGCCAAGACUUAUGCCAAUUCUGUGCAGGCCUAUGUGCAUGUUAGGGACGUGGCUCUGGCCCACAUUCUGGUGUAUGAAACUCCAUCUGCCUCUGGAAGGUACCUUUGUGGUGAGAGUGUGCUUCACCGUGGAGACGUGGUGGAAAUCCUAGCCACGUUCUUCCCAGAAUACCCAAUUCCCACCAGGUGCUCGGAUGAAGUCAAACCAAGAGUAAAACCAUACAAGUUGACAACCCAGAAGCUACAAGACUUGGGCGUGGAGUUCACUCCAGUGAAACAGUGCCUAUAUGAAACUGUCAAGAGCUUGCAGGAGAAGGGCCACCUUCCAGUGCCUAAACCACAAGAAGUUCCAUUAAAAUUCAAUCUUAAAUCUUGUCUUUAGUGCGGAAAUAAACGUCGCAAUGGUAUUUUAAUAUUAGAUGACAAGUUUGUAAUAAGAAUAUUUUAUAAAUAUUCUGUGUGGCCUAC